CAGGCCGCUGGAGCUUACCACCGGGCUGUACAUAACACAACCCGUCUUUUUUCUGUUUGCGUUUCUAUCUAAAAGUCCUUGUGUUCUUGGCUAAGUUACUGUUAGCUUAAGUAUUCGAACAACUUGACUUAACCAGCCACCGGGAGCUUCGCCACAAACAAAGGUAGCUGGCCGAGCUAACUGAGUUGAUACAGAGUUUAGCUGCACGGCGCAACCGGGACCGAGCUUCAUGAAUGUGGGUGCGUUUGCGAAGACAGCCGCUCCGUUGUGUUUUAAUGUUCUCGUCGCUCCGUCGGAGCUAGCCGACACAGCUCGUUCCUGGCUGCAGCGUUCGCACCUGGCGUCGCUUCAUUCCACCUCGACCUCGGCUGUUUACAUGCGUAUCGUUAUAUGUCAUGUUCAGCAAAAAGUCGCCCUCGCCUACAUGCACAGGAAACUGAUUUGUCAUGAUCAUCGGAAAAACAUAUUGCAUCUGCGAUAAGGUGGGGUUACAGUAGGUUGGUGUAGUUGGCUUUCAAACAAAGUUGACCGUCGGGGUUUUGGAGAUAGGAUGGCAUUCCACAGUACAGGCCGGCAGACAGUUUGUGGUAACUUGUUUCCGGGCUCUGAGUUGGGCCACAAGUAUUUUUGCGUCAACACUUCCUCCGGAACGCCUUCCACGGGCCUGAGCGCAACACCGUGUCUGACCGGACCCACUGCCCCGGCGGGGACGCCCCGCCACCCGACAUCUCUCGGGGGAAGCACCGGCGGCGGGGCGGCUGUACCUCAGCCUUACAGCAACCCGGCUAGUGAGGUGCCAAGCCCAGCUGAAAUGGAGCCGGACCGCCCCAUCGGUUAUGGCGCAUUUGGUGUUGUCUGGUCAGUUACAGACCCCCGUGAUGGUCGUAAGGUGGCCCUGAAGAAGAUGCCCAAUGUCUUCCAGAACCUGGUUUCCUGCAAGAGGGUUUUCAGAGAGCUGAGGAUGCUUUGCUUCUUCAAGCACGACAAUGUGUUAUCAGCCCUGGACAUUCUGCAGCCUCCGCAGAUUGAUUGCUUCGAGGAAAUCUAUGUGAUCACUGAACUGAUGCAGAGUGACCUCCACAAAGUGAUCGUAUCUCCUCAGCCUCUCACCACUGACCAUAUCAAGGUUUUCCUCUACCAGAUCCUUCGAGGUUUGAAGUACCUUCACUCUGCUGGAAUCCUGCACAGGGACAUUAAACCUGGAAAUCUGCUGGUCAACAGCAACUGCCUGCUCAAGAUUUGUGAUUUUGGGUUGGCACGUGUGGAGGAGCCAGACCCGUCGCGACACAUGACCCAAGAGGUGGUGACGCAGUACUACCGUGCUCCUGAGGUGCUGAUGGGCAGCCGGCACUAUGGCUCCGCCAUUGACGUGUGGUCAGUGGGCUGUAUCUUUGCUGAGCUGCUGGGCCGCCGAAUCCUCUUCCAGGCCCAGAGCCCAAUCCAGCAGUUGGACUUAAUUACAGACCUACUGGGCACCCCUCCUCUUUCAGCUAUGGCAUCAGCCUGUGAGGGUGCCAGAGCCCACAUCCUGAGAGGGCCUCACAAACCGCCAUCGCUGUCUGUACUGUACAUGCUGUCUGACGGUGCCACUCACGAGGCCGUGCACCUGCUGUGCCGGAUGCUGGUCUUCGAUCCGGCGAAACGGAUCUCUGGCAGCGAUGCCCUUUCUCACCCUUACUUGGAUGAAGGACGCCUGCGCUACCACACUUGCAUGUGCCAGUGCUGCUACUCUGUGCCCAGUGGACGUGUGUACACCCGGGACUUUGAACCUGUCGCUGAACGACCUUUUAGCCACAGCUACGAGCACAGCCUGCUGUCUGUGUGGCAGGGCAAAGAGUUAAUCCAUCGCUUCAUAACAGAACACCAGCAGGGCAAACGAGUGCCGCUGUGCAUCAACCCUCAGAGUGCUGCGUUCAAGACCUUCAUCAGGUCCACUGCAUGGCACUCCUCCAAGGUCUCUAGGAAGGAGGAGAGAUGAAGGAACAUCCUUUUUCCAUUGAGGAGCAUCGGCAGUUUGAGAAAGGAUUAAUUGACCGAGACAUCUGCAAGCACCAGAGAAAAGAAAAUUGUGACUUUUACUCAUUUUUAAUUUUUGUUAUUUUGGAUGGCAAUGUGAAAAAUUGUGGUGGAGGAACGGCCCACCCAACUAUGCGGGAGAAAACGGCUAACCUUUCUGUGUCCCUGUUUUUGAAGCCACGUUACCCUCUUACCCCAAACACACGAGAAACCUGCAAGUCCUCCCAAGAGUAUGAAAAAUCCCACUUCAAAGUUAUAGACAUGAGCAGGUGAUGCUCCAACCGUCUCUGGUGCUGAAAAACAAAUAUGCUGCUGAAGGAUGAGGAAGAGAAGUAGAGGCUAUGACAUAGAGGAGGAAAUUUGAAAACUUAACUCACCGCUCAAUUGGGUUUUUUUCAUCUGUUACUAGAGAUGUUAAGAAAUAAUGAUUUUUAACUGUUUAUUAGAAUAAUCGCUUAAUUGAAUUUUUUUAAGUCAUUCCAGCCCUGUGCAAUAUGGUUUAAAAAAGAAGAAAAAAAAGGCAAAAAGAGUA